GGAGGCACGGAAAGGUAAGGAGAGGGAUGAGGCGGACACAGAGGAAAGGAAGGGGCUAAAAGAACACUCGCGGGAAGGCACAGGUACGUUCCCACUUCGAUACCCGGGAGGCCAAAGGGGCUGGUCAUCUCUCACCGGUAUCAUUCACUCCUGACAAUUGCUACGAGAUGGAUCGCUACCUGAAGGACGAGCCUCGAGUAAAAGGAGGACGAAAGCUUGGCAGCUGCGAGAUCGAUGCUUUCUACGAGGAGUUCACUCAUGACUCUCAGGCACAACCGGUGCGCUUCUACACCAAGCUGGGGCGGUCCGUGAAGGGAGGCCGCAGUUCUCGCCUCCUGGUGAAGGUGAAGCCUGAGAUCCUCAGCGCAGAAUUCAACAUCAAGCGGGAACAUUAUGACCGCGACAGCUGUGACAAGACAGACGACGUCGUUGUCAAAGACGAGCCUCUGGAGGACCUCGACGAUCCACUGAGUCAAGAUGAUUUGUGUGGCUCAGAACGAUCGCUCGAUUCCGUGUCUGUGUCCUCUUCUUCCUCAGCCUCCUCCCUCGCCUCCCUGGAAGGUGACCUGGAUGCCCCCAGCAGCGUGGGCGCCCAGAGCCCCACCCGCGGCCGGUCACUGGUUUCCUGGGCGUCAUCAGAAGACAUGGCGACGGACGCGCGACUUGAAUCCGGAGCGCGACGCUCGUCAAGCACGUCGUUCUUCGGUGCGGCGAAGCUCCUCGCCGCCAAGUCAGCCCCCAACAUACCCACCUUGACGCCGCCUUCCUCCCCGGAGACGUCGCCCGUCGCACACACACCUACGCUCCUAAAGGUUCACGCCCGCUCACAAGUGCCAAAGUAUAUCUCCUUCACCACCUCCUUGCCCCUCAAGACCAGUAACAACACCAACAGCAGUAAUCUAACUCUGGGAGUUCGAGGCAUGGUGGGCGUCCAUCCGCGGGCGGCAGACACUUCCCCGGACGCCAAACGCCGGGUGCAUAAAUGUCUCUUCCCCGGAUGUAAGAAAGUCUACACCAAGUCCUCGCACCUCAAGGCCCACCAGCGCACGCACACCGGUGAGAAGCCGUACCGGUGUUCGUGGGAAGGCUGUGAGUGGAGGUUCGCCCGAUCCGACGAACUCACCCGCCACUUUAGGAAACACACGGGAGCCAAGCCCUUCAAGUGCCACCACUGCGGGCGCUGCUUCUCCCGCUCCGACCACCUGGCACUCCACAUGAAAAGGCACCAGUGAGGUCGGCCAAAGUCUCCUGACCUUGACCUCUUAACCCAACAGUCAUGUGAGACCCCCCAGCACAAGACCAGCACACGAAGCAUCAGUCUUUUACCUUCCCCCGACGUAAGCGCCGCCACAUUGCCCCCUGGCUGGCAAUGAGUUUGUCUCCCCUUCUGACUUAGAAAUAACAGGGACCCCAACGUGACAUUACUGUAUCUGAGUGACCUGUGAGGGAAGAUAAAUGGGAUUUGGGGGAGCUGCACUCUGGACUUAAGGAAGUGUAAGCGUGAAAGGUUGCUGGUGCCCGAGCAAUCCAGAUUGAAGUUGAAAAUGGCUGUCUUGAACGAAUGAAAAAAAAUGUUAAUCCGGAGUUUUGUCGACGAAGGAAGGAGUCCUGUGGUCAUUAUGUCCAGACGGUGCAGAGGGAGGGAAGGUUUAUUACGCGCAGAAACUGACUGAUCGUAGAGAAAAUGGGCAAGGUGUGUCCCCAGAAACUCGUGUUAUUUUGUGUACAGUGUAGGUGGUAAGGUGGCCGCCGCCGUCAGUGUGGUGGCGUAGUGUAGUGGAGAAAGAUAACUAAACGUUUACGUAUGUGAGUGGUUGCCUUCAAACAUACCAGUGAUCAUUUUCUUUGUAACGACAGGCUUUCAAUGAUUCUCUGAAAGUCUCUUCAAUUCCUUGGCCACACAGCUAUAAAUUUCCACAAAAGAAAAUGGUCCUAUUGUUGUCUUCUCUUUUUAUAUUUGAAUUUCAGGACAGAAAGUAACCACAAUUUAAGUUUAAAAAUGCUAGAUUUUAUCUUGAAAUGUACAAAACGUCUCGAUGUAUCGGUAAGGAUGCAUACCGUGUACUGUUGUAAUACUGGUGUCUAGCGCUGUACAUACAACAUUAAUGUAAGGAUUCUGUACCACUGCCAUGCUACUUGAGGCAAAGAAAAUAUCAAGUGUGUGAUUGUGGUAACUCCUCACUGUCUGAGUCUACCGCCCGUCACAUCAAAAAUAUACUUAGUCAGUCAUUAUUCAAAUCGACAUAAAACACUAAAUUCGCAUAAGCGAUGCAAGGAGGAUGUCCGCGGGGCAGAUGUCGGGGAGCGAGGCGGCGAGGAGACAAAUGCUCCUUGUGAACCUCUUGGCUGGGCCUUGGAGUGGAACAGUGUCUAGGCGCCGCGCCCAGCAAGACCCAGGUGGGAUUACAUGGGGUCGCUCGCCUACCCUCGCCUGCCCAUUCCCUGCCUGCAGCCCCGUCCAGGUGACGCCCCCCUCUGCAUCACUGACUAGUGUGGCGCCGGCUGGACUCAUACACACAACACUGUUUUCUAGAUAUCAUUCACAGUCCUCAAGAGCUCGCUGGUGAUAUGCAUUCAGAACCAUAUUGUUUGUAACAGUGACAAAGGAACGUAUUAUUUUUUUGACGUGCAGGAAACAAGUCCCUUAGAGCUCUCUCCCUCUCUUGUCACAUCUCUUCUCGCGCCGAUAACAAUUCGUGUCUCUUAAACUCAAAAGUUUGCAUAAAACAGUAACGAAUGGAAAACACCCAUUACCGGUAAUCAAUAGCAUUCAUUCUGAAUAGAAAACCCACAAGGUAUAACAUCAUACCAAACAUUUUGAUGUACAGAAUCUUCCAGUUAAGCAAAUUCACUUAAAAGAAAGUGAUUUGAGUUUUUGGGGUCGACUGAUGCACAAGACGAGUAGUCACUUCCCUCCAAGCUACUGACGCUGGACUAGGCGAGCUGCGUGCCUUGAACAUCUCUGACGCAGGACUCGUCGAAAAACAUAGGUGAUUAAAAAGAGAUCCACCAGAGGGAAACAGGUCACUGGCCACACGCGUCAACCAGAAUACAACUUAGCAAGAAACUCGGCAAACCUAACAUAGAAAACAAAAAAGCGAACGAGUUGUAAGCAUCUUCUAAACGAGCCACAAGUGUCCAAACACUCCGCGAGACUAAUAGUUCUUGCGCUGCAAAUAUCGAGGUUUUAGUGAAGCUAUUUGUUAAAACGAAAAAAAAAAAAAAAAGAGAAAAUGAGACUCUGGUUAAGAAAUGAAAACAUUGAAAAAAUUAACUCUGAGCAGAUACAAGUAACAAAACAGCAGGACACAAACACAUGCACACACAACCAACAGCCACCCCGUGCCAGAGCCAACAGCCCCACACGGUACAGGACCCACCACCACCACCACCACACCCAGCAGCAAGCAUCGUCACACGCACGCCGGCGCUCAAGUCUACAACUCUCAGCAACCAUUCCAUAACCCUGUCCUCGUGCCCUGCCCAAAGUGUCCUUUUUAUAUUUCAAAUUCAAUAUUUUUCCCUUUUGAGUCUUACGCUCAUUUGUUCACUCGCUAGUAACAAACGAUAUAAUAGCAUGUGAUUCGUAACUAUUAAAAUACUUAUUUGAUAUUUAGCCUAAUAAAGACAGUAGCUAAAAAAAACGUACAAUGACUUUUCCUGAUAUUCAGAAUUUUUACGAUAAUGACGUAAAAAUAAAAAAUGAAUAAAUUAUAUAUCACUAUAAAGUAAUAUAUACACUGAUCAAGCACGCAUUUCGACAGUUAUUUUUGUAUCGUUUUUAAUUUCACGUCUUCUCUAGCCCCGGCGGUCGAGCGGGAGUGUUGUUAAGCCCGCCAGCAGCACAGCGGCAGCACAGCAGCAGCAGAAGCUGCAAGGCGAUUCUGGACACGCCCCGACCCCUCCCUUACUCAACAGAGUUACCCAGUUCUCAUAUGGUGCUAAAGCCUGUCUCAUACCUCAGUAACUCCGCGCUAGGAAAUAAUAAUUAAAGCAAAUAAAAUACGAACGAAAUAAGAAAACAAUGCAAACAACGUAUACACAUGAAAACCAGUCGGUCAAACAGAAAAAAAAACGCUUCAUUACACCACGACUCUACUCCGGGAGGGAAAAUAACGUCAAAUGAAGGCAGUUUACCGAUUCACUGGCAGUCCAGCACGUCGGAGGUCAUCUUCAUGUUCGUGGAGACUGGAAAGUAAAACUGUAUAUAAAUGUAUCUAUGUAUGUGUGUACACCGCGGGGGCGCCGGGGCGGGCGGCAGCACGCAGCCCCGGCUCGUGCUCCCCGCGGCUUAGCGCUGAUUACUGACGAGAGUGGAGGGACGGUUUUAUACUGUAAUAUAUAUAGAGGUAAGACGAAAUCCUUUACAGAAAUUGUAAUUAUCUUUCCGCUUUGGCCGACAAAAAAUAUUUUGAGAAGGGAUAUGAUUAGACCCAUGAUAUCAGUAAUUAGGAUAAAAUAUAAAUGUACAUAUUUAUUUUAAUGUCUUUUUGACACUUGGAAUAAAAUAAGAAUUCUUAAGGAAAUGAACCUAGGCUUAUCAUAAUUUUACUGGAAAACGAAAUUGAAACCAAGGGCGAAAAAACCGUAUCCAAGAGCAAUCAUUACAUGGCUGGUGAAGACCUACGAAGUAUGUACCAUAGGACCUAAACUGACAAAAACGCAAGGGCAAAGUUCCAUCAUUCUUACCAACACAUUACAUUACUUGCCAUUCUGUUCACUGGGGGCAGUCAUCUCCGGCCGGCAGAUUGUUCACACGCGCUCAAAAACUCGGAUCACCGUUUAUUACCUAUUCUGACUUUGUUUCUUUUUUGGAGGGCCAGCAAACAUUCGCUUACAUUGCUGUCUGCUGGCUCACUUCACGGACCAGGUGAAAAAAAAAAGGCUCGUCAGUAACAGGAAUUCCUCCCUUGCUUGGAGCUUGAGCAAAACUGCGACCCGAGUGUGAACCUCAGACUUGUGUUUGUCAAGUGGCUGCGGUUCCCGAGCCUCGUCUCUGAACAGUCUGCUCGCCGUGGACGCAACCACUGUCUUAGGAUUAACGGAAAAAGUUAUUUGCGCUGUGACGUAAGGUAAAUCCCUGGAGCUAAGGGCAACAAAGUGUCACCCCACGGUCAGAAGCAAGCAGUAAAAGUAUAAAAACCUAAGCAAUCUACGGCGAUGAUGCAACAAAACGCCAAGUGAAAGUAACGAAGUAAAAUACGCUUCAAGUCAAACAUUGGACCUCGCGCUCAGUGCUUGUGUGGCUGCGGGUUGUCACUUUCUUUCCCCUCAGAGCCAGAAUUUAGAUCAUAGGUUCGUAGCAUUUUAUUGAAUGUAAAAGAUUAACCCCACGUCUUCAGGGGUAGCUUAAGCUUUAACAACACACCACAUAGCAUAUACAAGUUCUAUCUUCCAACCCCCCUCAGUUAUAUCUCUCUCUCUCUCUCUCUCUCUCUCUCUCUCUCUCUCUCUCUCUUGAUCAAUCUGUCUAUCUAUCUAUCAAUCUAUCUAUCUAUGUAUCGAUCUAUCUUUUAAAUUGUUUCACAGACCCACUAAGUGAACCAUCGUAGAGCAGUUGCAUCGGGCAGCUUCGCCUUGACUUGUUCUCCCACCACCGCUCCUUCACAUUUCCCUUCGAUUCGCUGAAGCUAUGUAUCUACUUUCUACUGAAGCUCUCCUCGACAAGUUUUUCCUUCAUCUCCAAAAAAGCUAACAGCCCUUUCUCCUCUUCAUUGCUAUUUUUCCCUCGCCCCGCCUCCCACGCGUCAAGGCUGAGCUGCCUAGCGAAGCAGGGUCCCACAGCCCACGUGAGGCAGGAGACAUCACAGCACCUUGGGUCAAAGUCGCUUUGUUCAAGGUUAUGUGCAACACCCUCUCCUCCCUCCUCUCUACUGUGAAAACACAUAAAUGUACACACACAAAAAAAGAUAAAGUCAAUGAGGCUACAACUCUAAACAAGCAUCAAGAAUUGAGAAAAUUCUAGGUAUUUCUAUUACUAUUAGACUCCUCAUUAGAAACCCUGUCACAGCCUGUUAUUGAUAUAAGCGAACGACAAUUGCUCAAAUCGUAGAUGAGACUUGUACAUGCUACCACAAAGAGGGAGCUGAGGGAGCCAGCACACACCCCUCCCUGCCCUCCACUCUCUCUCUCUCUCUCUCUCUCUCUCUCUCUCUCUCUCUCUCCAUUACCAUCUUCAUCUUGCCGGGCACGGAGGGGCAGUGGGUGCCUCCCUUCGCCCCUCCACCCUCUCCCAAAUAAGGGGAAGAAAGCGGGGUUUAUUGGCUUCUUCUCCACCUCGUGAACCUCCUGGGUGCUGAGGGUCGCCUGCUCCCCCCUCCUCUCCCCCUCUCUGCACGUCUUACAUCUUGACUCCUUUGCCUCGUGCAUCCCAGCUUCCGUGAGGCAGAGAUUUUAUCCUGAGGCGAUAACUUCAAAUGCAGCGGGUUACCAUAUCGUAAAAUGUAAUCAAGGAACACACAAACUACAACUGUUUGGGGUUGUUUUCUUUUGCGGUAUUUUAUUGCAGAGCAGUAACACCCGACUCAGUUUGAUAACGAUUGGUGUUUUCUUUCACUGAUUUUGUAACAUUGCUGUCAUUGUUCUACUCGUGAGUGUGCAAAUACGUAGUCGGUAUUUAUGUUAAAAGUGCCAUGCCAUCACCUCGGCAGUUGGGAUCCACCUGCGCCCUUUCCAGUUCUAUAUGUAAAUACAUUUCUUCUACUUUUAUUACCUUUUCUACUAAAGAAAAUAGAAAGGAAUUUAUGUUUGUAUUUAAAAUGAAUUCUAAAGAAGCGUUUAUAAUUAGAUUCUCUUAGGUAGUGUUCUAUAGAAGUAUAAGGUAGUAGGCGUAGUCCUCUAGAAUUGUGUAUUCUGUUUUGUUUGCCUUGAUUUUAUUAUUAGUUUAUUUGGGAUGCUACAUCGAAGAGCGAUAAAUUGCGACAGCUUGCCUUUACUUAUUUUACAAAUGGGUACAAUGCUUCAGUGAGCAAUUUUACCGACGUCAGCCUGAGGGAAGGCCGCGCCGCGAGGCACUGCGCCACUCCUUCCCUCAGCGGAGGUACUGUUUACAUUGGCUAGUCUGGCCCGGCGGCAGCGCGGGAUACAGGUGUUCCCGGGUCCCGCCAGGUGUCCGAGCUCCAAGCCAAACUAAAGGUGUCAGCGGCCAAUUUCCUCAUCAGAAUCCAAGGAAGGGGGGAGUCAGGAUGAAAAUUAUUUAUGCAUUAUCAAAAUUGUCCCUCUAAAUUCUAACGACAUUACGAAUUUGUGCUUCCUCUUUGCAUAUCACGUAAGUUUGUCUGUAAGGUUAAGAAUCCCGACACGACACUAACUAGAGAAAGACCGUGUCCCGAGUUCAUAAUCCAUGGCGGAUCCUUGUCUCACGCACGGGCCUGGCGGGCGGUCCUGCUCCUCGGUGAACUAUUGAAGAGCUCGACAUGUGUGUUCAGUAAGGCAGGAGCUCGGCGCCCGGGGGACACGCCGCCGCCGCCCCCUGUCGCGGCCUCAACAGUAGAAUGAAGAUGAAACAAUGGAGUUUUGACAGUUCUGUGAUGUUUAGAGAUUGUUAAGAAUCCUUUUAGUGUGAGAGAAACCGUGAGUUGGGUGAUUAUGUAUGUAUCUUUCAAAACAACCUCAAGAUGUAACUCACUAUAUACUCGUAUGUAUCUGUUAACAUAAGCUAUAUACGACUAUAUGAUGGAUAUAGAGUUCCCAUCGGCCUUAGUCAACACAAGCAAACGCAACAAUCACCUCUCUCCCUUAGAACAAAAAAAUUCUGUUGUAGAAAACUUUAGAAUUAGAAACUUUAGGUCAGAUCAUUUUUUUUCCUUCAUUUAUCUGGCCUCACUAACCUUCACAUUGAGAAAACCGUGUGUUUCCUGAUAAUGACGACGAUGACCCAGACGCCGCCAAGGGGUCGGGUCGCGCGAGGCCCCCGCUACCCGCCUCGCCCCGGCCCCCGCGGCGCCCCACAGGAAUCAAAAUAUAUUCACACACUUUUUAGGGACUGCAUAACAAAAAUAUAUAUAAAAAUAGAGGAACAUACUUUUUUGAAAUGCUUUAGUGCUGUAUCAUACAUAUAUAUUUUACAUUUGUAUAUGAAACUUACAUACCAAGAGGAAAAAAUUGCUUCUAGCCGAACCGGAUUGUAUAAGCUCCAAGUGUUGAACUUUAGUGUUGAAUCCCAUAGGAAUAAAAUAUGUGAAGGAAAUCAGUCUCCAUUAUCGGAAAAAAAAUAAAUGUACACUACGGACGCUGCGGGGAGUGUGUGGGGGGCGGGGCUCCCCAGGCACCAGAGGAGACGCCCCCCCCGUCAGCCCUACGUUGACUCAAGCCAAGCAUUGUUCCCAAAGACUUGCAAAAUGAUAAAAAAUGAAUAAAUAAAGCUUGAUUAGAUGUUUGUUACUGAAACUUUUUUGAGACAAGAUACGCAGUGUAAAAUGUUUACAACCAAUGAAAAGCUGUGGUAAAGUGAUUACAUUGUAAUAAAAAAAGUUAAAAUGA